UGAUAAGGGAUUUUCCCAAGGAUUCUCUUGGGGUCUUCUCUUUCUGCGACCUAGGGAAAACAGAAUUGCCGGUAUGCUAAAAUGCCUAUCAAGAAACAGCGCUUUGCCGCGAGGAUGCAAAAAUUAAAUGUGUCGGCUUUAUCGGUGCCGUGAAGCAGUAGCGGAAAUUGCCGCUCCCCGGAAGAAUGCAGGCGACCGCUGCAAUUCCUUUUUUUUCUUCUCUUCCUCAUCCGCCAGCCGCGGACCAUGACAUCAAACGACGCUAUCUGGCUCUUCUACCCCCCCAGCAAAUAAUCGAAAUAUGUUUAACCCUUGAAUUCCAUGUCCCUCUCUAUGUCAAGAGUUCAGUCUGGCCGGCUGACAUCAAUGCUGCCAUUGCAACGAUAGAAGGUCGACCGUCAUCAAAUGGAACACCUGAGGGUGACCCAAAGAACGACGAUCUACCGCUGAUGGACUCAUUAGAGUAUCCUACAGAGGCUGACGAACCACCAGAAAAAGAAUACCAAGAGCACGAAGACAAUUCAGAAGAUGACUCGCCUUCUGCAGAGGAAUCAAAGACCCAUGAAAGGCAUCCGUCACCGACACCGGUGCCGGAAUCAAAAACGGCAACGUCAGUGACAACAACGACAAUGGCAACGUCGGCAGUGGUGUCGCAAAGUCCCAAACCAGCUGCAACAGUGGUACCCACACCGAUAGUGCGGCCAGCAGCAUAUCCACAUCAGCCGUAUGGUUACCACGCCUACCCUCAUGCCUCUUACUAUCCGCAACAUGCUUGGCCCUAUCCUCAUAUUCCUUACCCACCGCCUCCGCCUGCACAGGUACCCAGUGCUUACCAUCAACCCCCCGUGACCCCAGCGUAUUCCCAGACAUCAUACCAAAAUACGCCCCCACCGCCGUCGUCCGAACCUACCCAGACAGUGUUGGAAGAUAACCUUCCAAGUUACGAGGACAUGAUCGUGGAAGCUCUCGUUGAUGCGAACGAUUCAGACGGUAUUGCCCCCAAGGACGUGUAUGCAUGGAUGGCUGCACAUUAUCCGGUCCAGGCCAACUUUCGACCUUCUGCGAGCCAGGCUUUGCAGAAAGCCUAUCGAAGGGGUAGGUUCAAGAAGAGCAGUAGUGGGAAAUACCGACUCAAUCCUGAGUACAAGGGCAAUAAUACUAUUUCCCGUCGUCCUACGCGUCGCCCGCAAACGGUUAACAGUGCGCCUACAUCAAAUUCCUCCAGUCAACCGCGUUCAUCGCCGUUCACUCAUGCUCCUUUGAUAAAAAAUGGUACAAAAGGCGCCACCGCAUCCCAGCGAACGCCAUACUCUGCAGGAUAUUCUGCGCCGUUCACGCCAUCUGUGGUCAAUCGUGCCGCAGUUGCAUCGACAGUGGACACUUCAACAGGAGACAUCGGUGACGCAUAUGCAGCUGCACAGCACAUCCUCAAAACGAUCAACUUUGGUGAAAGCUUAUUAGGCCUGUCAAAGAAAUUCCAAGAUACCGCAGCGCCAGUUACAUCGGUAGCUGCCCCUGCAGGUGAAGCGAUUACAAUGAAUGACGAAGAUGAUGAUGACAUGGAGUGGGAAGCAGGCAUUCGCGCCCACUUACAAGCACAAUUGGCAUUACUGGCCGCUCAACUCGCGGAAUAUGCACAAGAGUCACAUCACGGUAAUAGUGGCGUGGAUACAGGUCAGCAACUUCCUCCGUCAUCGGACACUGCCAUGCCUGUGGAUGACGAGGACGAUGAUGAAGACAUGGAUGAGGUUAUAAUUCCGUAAUAUUAUUCGCGCACCACUUUUUCAUCUACUGAGUAACUGUAUCGAUUAGAUCAAUUCCGGAGCUUUUUGUGCAUAACGUGUGAUACAUCU